GCCGUAAUUCGUAAAACAGAUCAUAUCUUCGAAACAUGAACGACAGCGAAUCUGCAGCGCCACCUGAUCCCCGACACCGCAGCGGCAGUAGUCCUGUCUACGGCGCCGUCGACCACCGUGGACGCCCCGUCGCGCGGAGGUCCUCCGGCCAGUGGACGUCCGCCUUCUUCAUCAUAGGAAUGGAGACGGCGGAGCGGUCGGCCUAUUACGGCGUCUCCUCUAAUCUGAUUAACUACCUGUCGGGGCCGCUCCGGGAGAAGACGGCCGUGGCGGCGGCCGCCGUGAACACUUGGGCGGGGGUGACGUCGGCGCUGCCGGUGGUGGCAGCCUUCCUUGCUGACGCUUAUCUGGGCCGGUACUGGACCAUCGUCGUCGCCUCCAUCCUCUACGUCCUGGGAUUAGGCUUGUUGACACUGUCUUCUGUUCUUCCAACCUUCCACCCACUGGAAUGCAACAUAGACUCUACGCUCUGCUCCCCCAGCAAGCUACAGCUCGCUCUGUUCUACUUCUCCCUGUACCUUGUGGCAGUCGCACAGGCCGGCCAGAAGCCCUGCCUCCAGGCAUUCGGCGCCGACCAGUUCGACGAUAACGACCCCGAGGAGUGCAAUCUCAAGAGCUCCUUCUUCAACUGGUGGACUUUCUGCUUGAUUGCCGGCUCCACCAUCGCCACCAUCUGCCUCAAUUAUGUCCAAGAUAAUGUCAGCUGGGUCGUAGGAUUUGGGGUAUCAUGGGUGUUCAUGGCACUUGGUCUUCUCAUCUUCUUGCUGGGCACCGGCACGUAUAGGUUUUAUAACGUUGGGCACGGCAAGAACCCCGUCUCUGGAGCAUCUAAAGCAUUGUUCACUCUGUUCAAAAAAUGGCAGGUUGGUUCAGAGCAAGAAGAAUCAAGACAGGCUUUACUUAGCAAGGCACCUGAUCUAGCCAAUGAAGCAGACAGCACGGCCAACAAUGUCGAUGGUGAAGAGGCCAAGGGACUGUUUCGGUUGUUUCCCAUAUGGGCGUCCUGCUUAAUCUACGCCGUCGUCCUUUCUCAGGCAUCAACCUUCUUCACCAAACAAGGCAGCACCAUGGACAGGAGACUGGGAAGCAAAUUCCAAGUCCCGUCGGCAUCGCUGCAGUGCUUCAUCGGCAUCUCUGCCAUCGCCUUCAUCCCGGUCUACGACCGCCUCCUCGUGCCGCUCGCUCGAAGAUUCACCGGCGAACCGAGCGGGAUCACCAUGCUGCAGCGCAUCGGCACGGGAGUCGCGCUCUCCGUCGUCGUCAUGCUCGUCGCUGCAUUCGUCGAGAUGAAGAGGCUGAGGACCUGCAGAGAGAUGGGGCUGGUGGACUUGCCGGACGAGGUGAUCCCCAUGAGCAUGUGGUGGCUGAUGCCGCAGAACGUGUUGUGCGGAAUUGCCAAUGUCUUCACCGUCGUCGGCCUUCAGGAGUUCUUCUAUGACCAGGUGCCCGAGGCAUUCAGAAGCCUGGGCCUCGCGUUCUGCCUCAGCAUCUUUGGCGUUGGAAACUUCAUAAGCGGCUUCAUUGUGUCAGCAAUCAACCUCAUUACCAGCAGCCAGGGAGGGAGCUGGUUCCCUGAUAACCUCAACAGGGCACAUCUUGAUUACUUCUACCUGCUCCUUGCAGGCCUCAGUGCCGUAGAGCUGCUCAUCUUCCUUUGCUCUGCACAAUUUUAUGUCUACAAGACGAAGGGCAAUCCAGCGAUGUAAAUAUCUGUCCUGGAGAAGUAAUUGUCUCACAGACUUAAUCAUGUUCGUUUGGUCCUUGUCAGAUGUUUAAAUGGAUGCUCUGGUCGAACGUGUCUCUUUGAUGGAAUUUAAACAAACAUCUUGUAGCCGUUGCAAUAAUGCAGUUCCAAAGGUC